CCAGUCAUUCCAGUUGGAGUUUUUUAGUGUUCUUCGACGGUGCAGUUUUCUUGGUGCGCAGCAGAAAAUCGUUUUAGCUAAAUACUCUGAAAAGAAAAACAAAAAAAUGUCUGGAAAAGAUAGGCUACCGAUUUUCCCGUCCCGUGGUGCCCAGAUGUUGAUGAAGGCACGUCUGGCGGGCGCCCAAAAGGGUCACGGACUGCUCAAGAAGAAGGCUGACGCCCUGCAAAUGCGAUUCCGUAUGAUUCUGGGCAAGAUCAUCGAAACCAAGACCCUCAUGGGUGAUGUUAUGAAAGAGGCCGCCUUCUCGCUGGCCGAGGCCAAGUUCACAUCGGGCGACAUCAAUCAGGUGGUUCUCCAGAACGUGACCAAGGCCCAAAUCAAGAUCCGCACCAAGAAAGACAACGUUGCUGGUGUUACGCUGCCCGUUUUCGAGUCCUACCAGGACGGAGCCGAUACCUACGAGCUGGCCGGAUUGGCCCGUGGUGGACAGCAGUUGGCUAAGCUUAAGAAGAACUACCAGAGCGCCGUCAAGCUGCUCGUGGAGCUGGCUUCUCUGCAGACGUCCUUCGUCACCCUGGACGAGGUCAUCAAGAUCACCAACCGUCGUGUGAACGCCAUCGAGCACGUCAUCAUCCCACGCAUUGAUCGUACCUUGGCAUACAUCAUCUCUGAGCUGGAUGAGCUGGAGCGUGAGGAGUUCUACCGUCUGAAGAAGAUCCAGGACAAGAAGCGCGAGGCCAGGGCCAAGGCUGAUGCAAAGAAGGCUGAGCUCUUGCAGCAGGGAAUUGAUGUCCGUGAGCAGGCCAACAUUCUGGAUGAGGGCGAUGACGAUGUGCUGUUUUAAGUAUUCUAUCCGUAUUGGAUUUAUUCCAGCAAUAUUAUUGUUAAACUACUGUUCUGUUUCCAUUUUAAUUCGCAAAUCGCAAAGGCAAGCCACAAAACUAAUUGUACGUAUGUAGCAAGUGUGUUGUAGUCUAUUCCAAUAAGAAAAAAGUAUGUAUUCCAUUUUGUAGUGUAGUGUAAGCUGCGCAAAUCAUGCAUUAAAAACUUGUUGUUUCAUACAAAGCAUAUUGUGUGUAAUUCCUGCAAAAAAGUGCAUCAAAAUAAAGGAAUCUUUCGUUGAAAAAAA